GAUUUACAGGGUAGCUCUGAACAAAAUCUCUCUCAGCAUGUCCAUGUCAUGUCAUGUGUGUGCAUUUCACCUUCUUCUGCUGUCUUGUACACCAAAUUGCAAGCUACACCAUUACUCUUCUUCAGAUUAAAUAAAUAAAUAAAUAAAUUUGCAAUUAUUUAUAUAUUUAUUUAUUUAAUAUCAUUCUAUUUUCUCAUCGCUAUGUCUCUGUCUCCAUUGGUCACGAAAAUAAGUAGUAACAACAAAGCUGACCUCUUCCCUUCGGCCAAACCAUUUUUGCACUCUCUCCACACACCACAGUCACAGUGGUCCACUCUCUCUCCUUUCAUUCUGUGCCAUCUUCCUCUCCUUCUCCUUCUUCUACCCAAAUGCAACCAACAGAGUAAGCCACACACGUUUUUCUCAAAGCUUUCACCUUUUGCUACCCUUUUCAACCAUCACAAAAGGUAAAAAUUGACACUGAACUUUCAAGGACCCGGAGAGCCAAACGACUAGCUUUAGUCAUAUCAUUAGUGAUUGGAAACUUUGAAGUUGAAAUGUGAAGGACAUAUUACUAUUUCUGUGGUGGAAUCUUUGGAAAAGGGUUCCUCUAAAGUCUCAUCAAAAGUGAAGCCAACUGGUUGGAGACAAAUAUUUUGACUUGGGGAAUGAUUUGAAGACUCAAGAACUCAGCUAGUGUCUGUAACUGUUCUCUUGUAAUGGAUUGUGUCACAGGCCUUUAUAUGCAGUGCUUGUAGUCUUGUUGAGUUUCAGCUACUUGAGAUGCUCAUUACUUUGUAAGUUUGGUUGGGGGAUGGAACACCUUGCUUUCUGAGCCAAAAGGGUAUCUGAUUCUUCACGGAUUUGAUACUAUUUUGGGAACGUACUUGCUGAAUCCAUCUUGUUGGUGACUGAAAGGCACAGUUUGAUGAACCUUGUUGUUCUGUAGCACUGAAGAUUUGAAUUUUGGUUAAAUGGGUCGUGUCAGUGAUUGCUUGGUGAAAUGUUGCAUGUUGAUUAUAUAGGAAAGUAGUGAGAGAAAACUUGAUCGUGAUCUUGCGUUUCUGCCCCAUGUUGUUUAGCAUAUAGGAACAUGUGGCUUUGAUUGUUUCUGAGUGAUAUCUGUUGAACAAGGCAGUUUCUGUGGAAUUGUUGGUUCUGAUGAGUCGAGAACAACAGAAGCGAGGGAAGCAAGAAAAGGGUUCGGAUGGUGCUGAGAAGGUUAUUGUUGCCGUUAAGGCAUCAAAGGAAAUUCCAAAGACUGCUCUUGUUUGGUCCCUAACUCAUGUUGUGCAACCUGGGGAUUGCAUUACAUUGCUAGUGGUUGUACCUUCACAGAGUUCAGGCCGAAGAUUAUGGGGUUUUCCACGGUUUGCUGGUGACUGUGCCAGUGGUCAAAAGAAGUCUACUCCAGGAACAAGUUCAGAACAGAAAAGUGAUAUUACUGAUUCAUGCUCUCAAAUGAUCCUUCAGCUCCAUGAUGUCUAUGAUCCUAAUAAGAUAAAUGUGAGGAUUAAAAUUGUUUCUGGAUCACCCUGUGGAGCAGUGGCUGCAGAAGCUAAGAAAGCCCAAGCCAAUUGGGUUGUAUUAGACAAACAGCUCAAACAUGAGGAAAAACAAUGCAUGGAAGAGCUGCAGUGCAACAUUGUGGUUAUGAAGCGUUCCCAACCUAAGGUACUCCGCUUGAAUUUGGUUGGAUCACAAAAGAAAGAUCUGGAAGAAGCAUGUCCCUUAACUUCUGAGAAAGAUGAUGUGCCUGGAAAACAAACUAAAAAGAAGAACGAUUCUUUAAAUCCCAUAAAAGGACCAGUUGUCACUCCAACUAGCAGCCCUGAGCUUGGUACACCGUUUACUGCUACUGAAGCUGGUACUUCAUCAGUUUCAAGCUCCGAUCCAGGAACUUCACCAUUUUUUAUCUCUGAGAUGAAUGCUGAGUCAAAGAAAGAGGAAACUAUCAAAGAACAUCAAGAACUUGAUGAUAAUAUUUCAGACACGGACAGUGAAAAUUUGUCCACAUCUUCAGCAAGCUUGAGAUUUCAGCCAUGGAUCACGGAUUUACUUUUGCAUCAACGAUCAUCUGAACCUACAGAAGAAAGAUUGGAGAGAUCUCAUAACAGGCUUCAAUCAUCUACAACUAGAGCUUUACUAGAGAAGUUCUCAAGACUGGACAGAGAAGCUGAAAUUGAAAGCGCAACUUAUAAGACUGACUUGGAUUUCAGUGGAAAUGUAAGAGAAGCAAUAUCAUUAUCUAGAAAUAAUCCACUUGGUCCACCUCCAUUAUGUUCAAUCUGUCAACACAAGGCCCCUGUUUUUGGGAAACCUCCCAGAUGGUUCAGCUAUGCUGAGUUGGAGCUUGCCACUGGUGGAUUUUCACAGGCCAAUUUCUUGGCAGAAGGAGGAUUUGGAUCUGUUCACAGAGGGGUUCUUCCAGAUGGACAAGUCAUUGCUGUCAAGCAACAUAAAUUAGCUAGUUCUCAGGGUGAUGUAGAAUUUUGCUCAGAGGUAGAAGUCUUGAGCUGUGCCCAGCACCGAAAUGUUGUUAUGUUGAUUGGGUUCUGUAUAGAGGACAAGAGAAGGCUAUUGGUUUAUGAGUACAUAUGUAAUGGAUCGCUGGAUUCUCAUUUAUAUGGGAGACAGAGAGAACCAUUAGAAUGGUCUGCACGGCAAAAAAUUGCUGUUGGAGCUGCUCGGGGAUUGCGAUAUCUUCAUGAAGAGUGCAGAGUGGGUUGCAUCAUCCACCGCGACAUGCGGCCAAACAACAUUCUUAUCACUCAUGAUUUUGAACCACUGGUUGGUGAUUUUGGACUGGCAAGGUGGCAGCCUGAUGGAGACACAGGAGUGGAAACUAGAGUAAUUGGAACAUUUGGGUAUUUGGCUCCGGAAUAUGCUCAAAGUGGCCAAAUAACCGAAAAGGCCGAUGUUUAUUCCUUUGGUGUGGUAUUAGUGGAACUGGUUACAGGACGAAAAGCUGUGGAUCUCAAUCGGCCAAAGGGACAACAGUGUCUUACUGAAUGGGCACGGCCACUGUUAGAAGAAUAUGCCAUUGAGGAACUCAUCGAUCCAAGGCUGGGAACUCACUAUUCGGAACAUGAGGUCUAUUGCAUGCUGCAUGCUGCCUCAUUAUGCAUAAGGCGUGAUCCUUAUUCUAGACCGCGCAUGUCACAGGUUCUGCGAAUUCUGGAGGGUGACACAGUGAUGGACACAAAUUACAUGUCAACACCCACUUAUGAUGCAGGAAAUGGGAGUGGUUGAUUAUGGCUUUGGCCAGAAACGUAGUAAAGGCAGUGGUCCCACAUUGCAAGUGUUCAGUGGGAAGCUCUCUGAAGUGCAGGCCUGCCUAAUGGGAAAUGGACAACACUAAGCGGACAUCAUGUGAAGAUGACAUUUAAAGCGCUUCACGUUGGAAACUGCAUUCUUGUAAUGCUAAAUAUGUUUCUUGCCUUUGUAUUUUGUACUUUCCUUUCUGUUUCUCUGCAAUGUGAUCUAAUUUUUGCAUCUGUAUAGUGGAGUGAAAGUAGGUUAAGUAAUGUAUAGAAGCUUUUGAAAUUCUUUCGGAAAAUUAUGUAAACUUGUGUCUAAAUGGCCUUAAUCAGACUAGUGAGCAUUCCGUGCUCUUCAAAUGGAUCAAAAAUACUUUUUGUAAGGUGGU